AUUGCCAAAUUUUAUAAUGACAAAGGUAAGAAUUAAAAAGAGCAUUAGUUCAUUUUUGUUUCAAUUUAGUUUGGAUUGGCCUUAACUCACUCUCGACCUUUAAAAGUAAUUCAAACCCACACAAUUUGGCAAUGCAUAUUCCAAUUUCUAACAUCCACAAAAACCCUGCCAAAUGGUCUUAAUGUCUUAUAUAAUAAGAUACCAAAAUCAUGAAAUCGACUAUUAUUGACAACCAUGUGGGCUACCACUUCUUCUCAAACCUUCCUCCCAAACCCAAUUCCAAUUACACAUUCCAUUUUCUUCUCGAAGCUUCUGCAACCACCUACUACACCCCUCUCAGCCGUCAGAAACCGACGCUUUUCCGUUAACGCCGCCGGAACGAACGAAGCGGUUAGUGGGCUCGGCCUGGCAGUUCUUGGAUCCAUCAAAUCCGGCCCAUCAAAGAAGUUAAAUCCGAAUCCGGCCCAGCAACAGGAUGAAAAGCCCAACAAAGGAAGACGAAAAGAAGAGAUCGAUACGGAUAAAGAGGUAAGCGGGUCGGAUAUUUUACGGGCUUUACAAAGAGCUAAUGCUAAAAAGUUAAGCAUAAAGAAGCAACAGCAACAACGGCUGAAGAAUAUUGGGUCGAGUAAUUUGAAGAAGGAGAAUGAUGGGAAGAAAAAGGUUGUUGAUUAUGAUAAGAUCCGACCCAUUACUGUUAAGAGUGAUUGGGUUACCCGGUUGGAUGAUUUGGAAAAAUGUCUUCAAGAAUUCUUGACGCUUUGAAUUGUGAAUCUCCGACAAAAUAGUGGCUCUUUAGAAAAUGAAGAAUGUUUGGGCCAGGCUAGUAGUUUAGUUUAGAAAACCCAGCCUGGUCUUGUACCCAACUUGUUCGUAUGUGUAGUAUAACAUAAUUGUUUAAAACGAUUUCACUUUAAAAUACGUGUUAUAUAUGAGUUAAAUUAAAUCAGUUAAUAUAAAUUAUUAUGUAUUAGACUUUUUAUUUUAAGGUUGUCAAAAUAAAAGAUAGUUUUUCACAAUAGUGACAAUAUAUAGAAGUGCUUCAUUCAUAAAUGAAUUCAAUGUUCUAUAG